GUGUUCGGAGGGUUAUGGUACUUUUUUGCAGUCCACAGAGAGAUAACAUAUUUCAGGGAAGCAUGUGAAGCUGAUACAGGCUACGUUAAUGGUUCAGGUUCUUUUUAUUGUGAUGGUAUAGACUAUAAAUUUCGAAAUGUUUCGUGUACUACUCGAGAUUCGACCAACUUUGAUUUCGGAAUAUUCGAUGAUGCUAUUCAGUCUCGAAUUGUGGAAACUACUUAUUUUCUAACGAGGUUAUCAUAUUGUCUACGAUGGGGAGUGCAGACUCUCAGUUGUUUAGGUCAAAACCUCCGAGCAAGCACCUUUAUUCUAGAAAAUUUCUUUGUCAUAUGCAUCAGUGUCUAUGCUGUGGUAGUUCUCGUCUUUUUUAUUGGAAAUAUGCAGACAUACCUGCAAUCUGAAACAAUAAGAUCAGGGGAGGUGAGAUUGCAGGGACGCAAGACAGAGCAGUGGAUGUCCUUUUGGAAGCUCUCUGAAAAACUCCAACAGGAGGUGAAGAAAUUUCAGCCAUACCUAAACAAUGAUCCAGAAGCCAAAAUUGUUCAUGCUGAAAAUUUGCUCAAAAAGCUUCCCAGGGACCUACAGAAGAAUAUAAAGUGUGAACUCUGCUUGGAAUUGCUGAAGACAGUAGAGGAGUUCGGAAGCUUGAGCGAAUCGGCAUUAGAGGACCUGUGUGGUUGUUUAAAGCCAGUGAGCUUCAAUGAGCGAGCUCGCAUUGUUGAGGAGGGAGACCCAGUUGAUGAGAUGCUAUUUAUCGUGCAAGGCAAGCUUCGAACCUACACCUCCAUGGAUGUAAGAACAGGCUCUGCUGGCAACAAUUGCAGAACUAUUUUGCUGAAAGAUGGUGACAUAUGUGGAAAAGGGCUUGUCACUUGGGUUCUUGCUGACCCCUACUCCACCACCCUCCCUGUCUCAACCACUACUAUUCUGGCUGUUACAAAAGUUGAAGCUUUCGCUAUCACUGUUGAAGACUUGCAAGAUGUAUUUGCAAAACUUCGAGCAGUUCAUUUCAUACAAUUAUUUUGGCGCUUCAAAAGGGCCUUACAUUCUAGGAAGGGCCAUAGGUAGAAAUAUUAUCUUGAAGAUAGAAUUCUCAAGAGAUUACUUGAUAUAAAUUAUUAAUAUGUUUGAUAAAA